GUUUGCGCUCCUCCAGUAGAAGCAUCACAAAUUGUGGUACCGUCACCAUCGUCUGGCGGUCAUGCAGAUAUAAUCCAGAAGCUGGAUGCCAUUGAGACCCGUCUCACUGCAGUUGAAAAGUCCCUAACAGACAAAAUGCCAGAAAAGGCCGAGGUGCAGGCGCAAAGUAAGUUAUUGCGCGAAUGCCGCGUCAUAGCGGCAAAGACGCACCAUUCAAUUAACCGCAUCACCGGUGACUUGGAGGACGAGCAUUACGUGGAGCUCGCUUCGAAACUGCCCAUGUCAUCGGAGGAGCACGUGCGCUUCGUGGAAGACAAACUUUCACAAAAGGAAAGCACGGAUGCUAUGAUGCGGUUAAUAUUGAAGUCGAAGGGCGCAAAAGGCAGUGUUGACGGCGUACUGCGUGGCAUGUUUUCUGAUGAUUUGAUGUACCACUACAAUUUAGAGGGGCGCAAGGAGAAGUUUUUGAUAUAUUUCCUGACAAGGAUAAAAACACCAUCUGUGGGGAGCUCCGGAGAUUUGUGGCCUUAAGCCACAAUCGUUUUAACUUUAACUUUAGGCAAAAUUAAUAUAAGGUUUCAUAUUAUUACUUAUAUAUAUUAGUUUUAAGUUGUAAAUAUUAGCUCUAAGUUGUAUAAAUUAGUUUUAAGUUGUAAAUAUUAGUUUUGAGUUGUAUAAAUUAGUUUUAAGUUGCACAUAUUAGUUUUAAGUUGCAUAUAUUAGUUCUAAGUUGUACAUAUUAGUUUUAAGUUGAAGUUUCUAAUUUUACCUUUACAAAUUUGAAUUUUUAGAAUUAUAAUUUUUUUACUGAAAUAAACUUA